CAGAACUAAGUCACUCACUUCACACUGAUCGACAGUUGAACUGCACUUACUGAACGGAGAAACAUUUGUCUGUCUUCACAGCGAAUUAUCUGUCAGAUAUUACAGCAAAAUCGCAAUAUCUUGCAUUUCUCUCACGUGUUGGAACAUUUUUCCAUAUCGUCAACCACCAUGGCUAAACGACAGUGCAGAGCCAACAAGAGGAAGUUGUACAUCACUGAAAAAGAGAAUAAUAAGUUGAAGGCCGAGCUCAAGGAGGCCAACAGGAAGAUUGAGCAGAGGGGAGAUGACAUCGACUCUCUUCACCGCCAUCACUCUGCUCUGGAGAGACGCUUUGACUUCACCAAAGUUGCCUUGAAGAAAAAACUCAACAAGGCCAAGGAAGAGAUCGGACAGAAAGUAGAAGUCAUUGACUCUCUUCACCGCCGUCUCUCUGCUCUGGAGAAGCUCAAUGAUGAGCGUGUCGAGGCUCAGGAGGAGUUGAAAAAGAAAGUCGAUGAGGAGAUCAUCUCUCUUAAACAGAGCCUCCACGCUCAAAAGAAGGAAAUCAAGAGGGUGAGAGCCUCUGCCGGUCAGUUGAAGAAGGCCGGCAAGGUCAAGCUGGAAGAGCUCCACACCAGGGAAAAGGAAAAGCUGAACGCCGCUCGGUCUGCUCUGAAAAAGAGCCAGCUGAGGUGCGACGCUCUGGAGGAAAACCUCCUAAAGCAGCUGGCUGACACAAAGGAGAACCACCAUAAAGAGAUCACAGAGCAAGGAGAGAGCCACCAGAAGGAGCUCCCGGAAAAACAAGAACAAGCUAAAAAUGAGCUGUUCGUGCUCUGUGAGAGCGACCAGCAGCACAAACAAGAAAAGACAGAGCUGGAGGAGAUGCUGCUGGUCAAGGAGAAGAUCUGGAAGGAUGAGGAGGCAGACAAGAAGGAGGACAUCCAGAACCUCAUGGAGGAGAACAACCACCCUCAGGAGCUCAUAAAAAACAAAAGAAAGAAGCGCUUCUGGAGAUGGGGUCAGUUUGUCUGCUAUUUGACCUCCUCAGGACAGACAACUUCCCUCCACGAACCCAGCCGUACUCCUUCACCCUAAAGCCCAUCUCCCUUCUUACCCCCAACUCAACUUCCUCUACCCCUUCCUCUCUACAAUUCUUCCUACUUUCAUUUUUACUUUUUAAAUGCAUUCAUUAAAUUCAUAAAUAUUAAACUAA